AUGCCCUUCGGAUGGCCUCCGGUUCUCAAUGUGGUGGGAAUCCUCUACUGGCUUUUGGGCAUGCUGAAGGCACAAGCUUGGCGGAGGUGCCACGCGAGCGUGUCGUGUUACCUGAAGGACUUCCCCCCUGUGCUCGCUGAGCAUCCAGGGAGAUUGCUCCCAGCACUUUCAGAGAUUGGUGUGGAGGAGUCACGAGUGCGUCUCAAUUAUUGGGGAGGAGCUAUACUCACAUCCCCAGUGAUCAUGGCCAUCCUGUGUGAAACAACUCGCUUGAUGUUUUUCUCUGCUAAGCUGGCCUUGUUUGGAAAGCCUGUUCCUGAGCCAAAAGACAUAGGCACAGUCAGCACGGACAAACUUCAUCCAUUCCAGAACAAUCCGUGGAUAGUUGUUGGGAUGGUCUUGUACCAUGCAGCUUGUGCUGGAAUGGUGGCAUGCGCAAUUCCGAACGGCUGGAUUUCGAGCCAUCAUGGUGGGCAAUACGCUUGGGAACUCUGGGCCCUUUGGCAGCAGCUUUGCCUGUGGACACUUUUUGCGCAGACAUUGGCAAGAUGUGUGAUGCUUGACGCCAGCGCGCUAUCAUUGUGUACCGUGAAGGCUGUGCUGCUUUAUACAGCUCCAGGAGUGAGUGAAAUCACUGAUACCAUGAAAGAUUGGGUGGUCACAGGGGUUUUCUGCACACUGCCUGGUUCAACAUGGGGUCUUGUGCUUGCAAUUGCCCUCGUGUUGUUGGAUGGCCUCCUACAGCAUUAUCAUAUCGGCUUCAACUUUCGAGUGACAGGCAGCAUUGUUGUGAACCCUCCACUAGUGCCUCUCUUUGUUCUCUGGGUAGUGCUUGUCCCUUUGUUCUCUGUAGUGCGUGUCCCGACGGCUCUUUUGACUGAUGGUUGGCUCCUGGCCGUGGUGUCAGCUUACGUGAUCAUCUUCUCCUAUGUUAGAGUCAGCUUGUAUGCGGAGCCUGCCAGGGAAAUCAAGAAAAGCUAUUACGCUGUUCUAUGCUUGCCUCCGCCAAAAACGAGUUCAGAGGAGGGCUGCUGUGCAUGGGCUGCCAGACAGGCCAUCACUUUGUGGGAGGAUUUGCUAAGCAGCUCCCGUCUAAUCAUUGCCUGGGUGGAAGAUAUUCCGCAGGGCCUCCUCGGAAUGAUGUUUAUCACGACAUACACUCUUCCGAAAGAAGGAGUGGCUAGUCUCGGGUUUGCUGGAGUUUCUGCACUCAUCAGCAUUUGCAAAGGAGUCCUCAUACCAUACUUUCAAGAUGGUAUGUUUGAGCGGCGAAGGCAGGGCGUGCAGAAGGAGUUCGAAAUGUGGGAGACAUCUGAUGAAGCAAAGCCUGCAGCUCUUGCAAGGUUUCUUGGCUGCACGGCCUCUCCUACUGAUGCGGGCUUUAUCGACCGUGACAACGCUCGAGGCAUGCUGCAGAGCCAUCUCAUCAACUAUUCAGAGCAGGUCUUGCAGAAGUUCGGCGUUCAUGAUCGGGAGAUUUUUGCCCCGAUUAAGCUUGAUCGAGAUGCAUGGGUGCAGACGGUUUUGUUUAAAGAAGAUCUCGGUCUCGACGCCUUGAAGCACCUUUACAAGAUACAUCUCGAGCGCGGGGCUGGAGAAGCAGCAUUGAUAGCUUCCGGCUACGGAAGGGAGGCAGGUCUUACAGCAAGCCGCUGUAAAGAGAAGAAGUACACGUGCAUGCAAUGCAGGAACUCGGGCUAUUCGGCUGCACAUUGCAAAGAGGCAGGCUACUCCUGUGCGGAAUGCAAGAAUGCCGGAUACUCUUGCAGGGAGUGCGUGCAAGCAGGCUACAUGGAACAAGAAUGCCGCCUGGCCGGAUUUGACGAGCGCGAGCUGCAGUUUGUACUGGGGAGAGAAAAACCUGACAACGGGGAAGCAGACAACCGACUGUGCAACCUGACGCUCGUCCUGGAGAAGCUCAGCCAGCUUCUCGGCUUGGACAGCGAGGACAAGUACACUGUCGCUGCGUGGAACCGUGUAGGUUGCGCGUCUGGUUGGGGCAUCCCGCGGGAGGUGCAGUACAUGAUGUACGAAAAGCGGGCUGGAGAAUCCGACAAGCUAACUAGGCUAAACUUCUUCGAUGUUGCCGGGCCUGCUGUGCGAUACCUGUGGGGCGCAACAGCUCUUUGGUUAAUAUACUUGGUUCUGCUGCCAUUCCUCCUUGCCGGCCAGUCACAGUGCACGGGAGAAGGCGAAAUGAUGGCAGCUUAUCCACCGUGGAUUUGGACAAGCGUCAUAUUGUUGGUUUUGGUGUUGGCAGUCAUCCAGAUGCGAUGCCUCAUGUACACGAUUGUGCCAGUUGUCCAAUGGUUGGGUUCUCUGCAGCUGUCAUCAUUCAUCAGGAGGCCUUCAUUUCGGACUUGGCUUCUGUACAACAUGGCGAUGAGCCUUGUCGCUUGGGUGGAUAUGUUUGCACAAGCCUUGUUCUUUGGAGCGGGCCUGCGGGCAUUCAAAUGUGAAGGCUGGAGCCGCUUGAAUUCGGCAUGGCAGUCGGUGCGGGGUCAAUCUAUGCUGCCGUGGACAAUGGCCAGCACCAACUUGGCCUUUGUUAUUAUGUUGCCGUGGCUGAUGCUGGUCGCCCAGUUUCUAUUCUUUGCCUUGUCAGUUUUACCUGUGAAAGCAUGCGCUACGGAUUUUCAGUGUCGGUCGGAGAUUCAUGGCUACGAUACCUGUAGUAGCUUGUGCGGAAGAAGGAGAAUUUGGCAUGCGGAUGCGCUUGAAAGUCUAGCCCGGGUCAACCGCAUGGCUCUUCUGAAUGCCGGGAACUUGGAGAUGGAAUUGGAGAAGAGCCGGAGCGUUCUCAUCAUGCAAGACAAAAACUCCGCCCGAGCCGGGUUCGUGGUCAAGCUCAAGCUGAGAGAACUUCUGUGGCGAGCCCUCGUGUUCACUGUCUGCCAAAACUGCACUCGACUGGAGGUGCAAACGCUUCUUUUUGCCCUGGCAAGAUUGGCGAAGGGGGAUGGCGAUCUCUGGCAGGACCUCCUCGCGCUGGCUCUCAGCCACUUGGGCUCCUUGUAUGAGCUUUCUUGCGUGCUCGCUGAUCUGACGAAG